UACAACAAGAAGAAUUCACAGGCCGGACUGUGUCAUCUUUGAUGCAGAGCUUUGUGCGUAGCAACAUGCCGCUGACGACCUUUCUGCGCUGGAUGCAGCACCCGCUGAAAAGGUUGCAUGGUACGUACUCUUCGCACCAACUCGCGCUGCUCUGGAGCGCAAUGGCGAAGCUGAAUCAGAAGAAUCGUCCGCUCUACAAGUUGAUUUACGUUAUACAGUCACAUUUGUGUAAAUCCACCCUCAGCAGCAUCGCAACGUACGUGGUCGCCUGAUAAGGGACAAGCAGGGUUGCGAUGCUUUUCAAUAUCACACGACGAGGCAACUAAGUACCUGGUAAAAUUCAUUUGAAGGUGUGAUAGUGGAGUCAUCUUGGUGAAGAAGUCUAAUCGGUGCGGAAGGAGGUUAAGCCAUUG